UGUUGAGGUUGGAGUGGUCUUUGCAUAGCAUAUUCAUACUUAACACUUUCCAUCUAAACAAUUUUUCUUCAUAUAAGGAAGACACACACUGUCACUGUUAGAUGGAUUCAAAUUGGACCAGGCAGAAUUUCGAAUUUCCUAAUAUCGAUAUCUUAUCAAUACAGUAUAAAAGUUUCGGGUCCAUAACUUUUGACGGUCAGUAAUUUUAUGGCAUUCCGACUUCACUUAUAGGUAUGCUUGGUGUACUAGUAAUUACCGUUGUUGUGCUCACAACAUCCGCCCAGGAAUCCGACAGAAUUUCCUCGUGUAGAGAUGUAAGAUCGCACAGCGAUGGAGUCUAUCGAAUUUUUCCCAAUUCAACUUCGAUGCCACCAUUUUUUGCGUACUGUGAAAAUAGUGUUGAAGGCGGCGGUUGGACCGUAAUUCAUCGACGCUUUGAUGAUAGUGUGCCUUUCAACAGAUCUUGGAUCGAUUACAAGUAUGGCUUCGGCAAUCUUCAGGGUGAAUUUUGGCUGGGUCUAGAAAAUAUGCACCAGCUUACAAGAGCUGGCCACCAUCAACUGCUGAUCGUUGCUAGAGACGCGGAAGGUUUUGUGCGAACUGCUCUUUUCGAGCGAUUUUCCGUCUGGGACGAAUUUCAUCGGUAUCAGAUUCGCAUUGGACCGUACAUUGGGGGCAAUUUGACCUAUACGUUCGAGCUUCAUGAUGGAUCGAAAUUCAGCACCCCGGACACGGGCGAAUAUUGUGCAAGCGCGGAACGCGUUGGAUGGUGGUUUACGCAAUGUGCUUACGUCUUUCUGAACAAUCCGAUUGGAGAGACUGGCAUGUACUGGUCAGGGUUUCCCUCGAAGCUAAUGGAAGCUCGAAUGCUGACCCGAGAAUUUACCCGGAAUGCUGCAACCUGCGACUGCGCACUGAAUAGUGAUGCUUUACUAAAAAUUGUUCGUCAAUCGCUCUAACUAACUAAAUUAUUACUUUACAUUAUAUAUUAUAUUUAAUACAAUAAAACACAAAAAGAUUAAAGCUUAA